GGGCGCAGCUACCUUAGCCCAUCUCUAUCGGGCUAAGGGAAUGCCUCUAUGAAAGGAAAGGCCGAGUGUUGUGCUUUUGGUACUCUACUACAGAUAUGGGCAUGGGACCAUAUACAUAUUGGACGUCCCGAUCGAGUUGGAGCUCUAUCGGAUCUGCAUGAUUGUCCAUUGGGUUGUCGGUGGAACAUGGGAUUGCGAUUUCGUGGAAAUGUCAGGGCGACCGAUAUUGAGUUUUAUCGCGAUGAGCUAGAUCAGCAAAGAGAGUCACAAGUUACAUGGAUGCCCUAUACGGAGGAUGUUUUGAUCGGUCUUCCUGCAUUUUGUCUUGAGGGCUCAGCAAUCUGGCGUUCGAGAACUAGUUUGAUAUGCUAUCAUAUUGUCGAGCUACAUUUACCUGAUAGAGUUCUGCGUCAGUUUGGAUUGCUGCAGCAUAUACCGGAUCCUGUAGAAGCUAUACAGAGGAUCACCUCGCAGGGUAGAUCAGGCGAGGACUGGGCAGCAUUUCAUGCUCCAUAUAUUCAGCGUUGGGCAGAUCGUCUUGAGCAUAUUGCGGAGCAGAGUCCUUUCGUCGAUCCAGAUCCGAUACGAGCUACCUCUGUAUACAUGCAGUGGUAUUGGGGGAUCACACGGAGGUGGAUUUCUCGUCCUGUACAGCGGCCUCCACUUACUUUUCUGCCGCGUGGGAAUGUCGAGCGACGAUUGGUGUAUGCUAUCCGGCAUGCUGUUAGCGGUAUCGGUCAUUUGAUGGAUGAUCCUCCGGAGCCCACUAGAAUGAUCGAUGCUCUAGCACAUGUAAGGUGGGAUCUCGAGAGCGUGUUAGAGAGCCUUCCGACAUUACCCGUGACAGGACAUUCGGAUGUUUCUUCUCCGACAUUUGGUGCUCACGGUGAUAUUCCCUCCACCUCUACACCUGCAUAUGAUUUCGGUGAUAUUCCCUCCACGUCCGCGCCUACAUAUGGUUUCGAUGAUAUUCCCUCCACCUCGAUGCCUGCGUAUGAUUUUCCAUCGACAUCUGUCCCAAUUCAUCCAUCUGAUGUCCCUUCGACUUCUGAUGUCCCUUCGACAUCGGAAGUGCAGUUUGAUAUUCCGUCGGCGUCCAUCCCUCCAUUUGAGAUUCCAUCUACGUCAGAGGUUCGUCGCGAUGAUAUUGUAUAUCAACGUAGGCGACGACGACGAGGUCAUAUUGGGACGCAGGAAGGGAUACUACCAUCAGCUGUUGAGCAAGGGAUGGAGCAGAUUGUCGAGGGCAUCGCCAUCGAGCAUAUUGAUGAGAUGCAUGUCAUUGAGCCCGUGCAGCCUGAGAUGGAGCAUGACAUACAUAUUCGAGGACGGAGUCGAGGACGCGGUCGUGGACGCGGACGUGGACGUGGCAGGGGACGAGGGCGAGAGCAUAGGAGGGGGAUGGAGGGGACUUGA